ACUUGAUGAUAACAGAGUGAAAACUGAAAGCCGGCAGUACCGUACUCUUCAAUAAUAUUCUAUUCAGUGCUGUAUCAAUGUCGUACAGUUUCAUAGCACUUACAAACAGCUGAUGUACUCACAUUUUUGUAUUGACCUUGAAGUCAGAUGUUUGAGAUGUUUAUAAUUACUGUGCAAUUAGUUAUUCAACUUGAUCGCAUAAAUUAUUUUUAUUAAACAAGAUGUGUGACAUAAUAAAAAUACUUUAUAAUUUAAAAUGUGAUAAGAAAUUUAUAAAAAAACGUUGAAUUAUUUUAUAAUAACAAUAAAUGAAAUUUUUGAGGUUAAGUGAAUUAUAUUUGAUAUAAUGAAUAAUAUUCUUUGUAAAUAGAACAAAAAAGGCGAUAAAAAAUUAUUUUAAUGAAAAAGAGACGAAAACUAUGGCUGAGAAACAAGCCAAAAUAGAAUUUGUGUCAGAACCAUCGACAAUAAAACCUCGCAAGUUUUCACCACAAAAUAUUGUGUUACGUUUGAGACGUCGAGAGCUUGUAGGUUGUCCAUAUCCAGGAACCCAAGUUUUAACAGUUCGACAAUUUUAUCAAAACGUUUUUCCUAAUUUCACUGUAGUUAACGUUGAAAAACCACCAUGUUUUCUUAGAAAAUUUAGCCCUGAUGGAAGAUACUUGGUUGCAUUCAGUGCUGAUCAAACUUCCAUCGAGGUUUAUAAGUAUGAAGGUGCAUCUGCUGCAGCUAAAUUAUUGGCAGACUGUAAAGGUGAAUAUGUUGGGCACAGAAAUGAUGACAGAACAUUUCAUAUAAGGAACAGAAUUUUCGAUCAAUUCUUUAAGCCGAAAUGGAUUAUUAAUGUGGUGGAUAGCAAUGAACAACUAAAUAGAGAAUGUAGUCUAUUUACUGAGGAUGGAAGAUAUGUUAUAGUCGGUUCAGCUAGGCAUAUUCCUGAUGACUUAAGGCCUCAUUUUUAUCAAAUAUAUUCUAACAAUGAAGCGCUUACACCAAAUCCAAGAUCUCCUCUUGAAGACUAUUGUCUUCACUUGGUUGAUUUAAAAGGUGGUAAACUCUGUGAUACUAGACGAUUUCAUAUUGAUAAAAUUUACUUAUCUCACAACCAAGGACUUUAUUUAUAUAAAGAUAUUUUGGCAGUAUUAUCAGUGCAACAUCAAACAAUUCAUAUUUUUCAAAUAUUAGAUGGAAUGUUUAUAAAUAUUAGAAAUAUUGGAAGGUUUUGUUUAGAAGAUGAGGCUUACUUGGUUUCUACACUUGGGUCUGGAGUAAAUUCAAGACCUUUCAGGGAUGUGAUAAUCAAUACACUUAAACAUAAAUUAUUAGUGCAUUUGUACAAAAGAGCUGCAUACAUUAGUAAAACUACGAAAGAUCCUUAUGAAUUAAGACGAUUUUAUCAGUAUUUUGAUCAAUUGAACGCUUUAAGAAUGUGGAAAAUGCAAUUGUUGGAUACGAACCACAUAUUGGUGAGAUAUGCAAGUGAAGAAGUUGCAACGCUUCAAGCGAGUGAUCCAAAUGCUCAUCCAGCUCUUUUAGUUGUUUAUGACAUGGUAGCAGCUAAAGUAAUAGCUGUCUACGAUAAUGCAUCUUCCCAUUUAUUGACACAGUUUGAAAACUUUAGUGAUUUUUUUAGAAAUGCAGACACUCAAUAUAUUUGUUCUCCUUCAAAUAAUAUUUAUGCAAGACUAAUGCAGCAGAGAUUUAAACAGACAAUAGUGAGUGCGAGAUAUGGUGGAGUUACUGAAGCAACUAAAAGAUUGCUUUCACAAUUGCCUAUUUGUGCUCAAUCUUACUCGAGUUCGCCUUAUCUUGAUCUUUCGUUAUUUUGUUAUGAUGAUAAAUGGGUUUCGAUGAUGGAACGACCAAAGGCAUGUGCCGAACAUCCAAUCCGAUUUUAUGCAAGAGAUUCUGGAUUAUUGAAAUUCAGAAUGCAUGCAGGCAUGCUUGGUAGAACGACACCAGUUGUUGCAAGAAGACUAGUUGCUUUUACUUUUCAUCCUACUGAUCCUUUUGCAAUUUCAGUUCAACGAACAAAUGCAGAAUAUAUUGUUAGUUUUCACGUUCGACAUGUGUAAAAUUAUUAAAAAUGCUUGAUUUUUUAAUUUUCUAAAUAAAAAAACAAAAAUAAUCUAAAAAAAAAUGAAUUUUUGUUGUAAUAAAUAACAAAAUCUGCACACACUGAUUGAAUAUGCUGAAAUCAACGCAAUUAUAAGUGAAGAAAAAAUUUAAUAAGUAAACCAGAAAAUUUAUGAAUGUAAAAAAUCGAUAUGAUAUGAUUAUUUUGGAAUAUGUUCUUUUUGACGUAUCUGUAAAACAAUGUAAUUCUAGAUCCAUUUCUUCUAUAUU